AUGAUGCAAACCGAAUUGCAAGCCGUAUUGUUGGCUGGAGGAGAUGGAUUGAGACUGUAUCCUCUCGCUUCAGACCACUCACCAAAGGCAACACUGCCGAUUGCUAAUCAUCCAAUGAUUCACUAUUCAUUGUCUUAUUUGGAGAGGAAUGGAUUGAAGGAUGUUAUUGUUGUUGUUAAAGCUGGACAACAAAAGAUUAUUGAACAAGCCAUCGAGGAAUAUCCAGGGAAAUUAAAAAUUGAUAUUAAAACUUUGGACAACAAGGAUUGCGAAAGUGCUGAAGCUUUACGACAAAUUCAUGAUUCUAUUUAUACAAAUUUUGUUGUGAUGAGUGUUGAUACAUUUACUGAUGUUCCUUUGGUUAAUGUUUAUGAUAUUCAUAGACAACAUAAUUCAUCACUUACUCUCCUUUUGAAGGAUGAAUCAAAUAUUAAUUCUAAAGAGGAUAAAUCCGAUUAUUUUGCAUUGACAAAUUAUAAGAGAGAAAUUGUUGGUGAACCAACAAAGAAGAGAAGAGAUUUAUUAUCAAAGAAGCCAUCACGUGUAAUUAUGAAUAGAAUUAUUGACUCGGAUGAUGCAGAUGAUGGUUCCGAAGAACAUUUAUCAAUUCCACGCUCAUUCUUGAAGAGAUGGUCAAACUUUUCAAUUUCCAAAUUCCUCAAAGAUUCACAUUUAUACAUCUUUUCAAAGUGGGUCAUUGAUUUAUUGGUUCAAAAACCUGAUAUUCACUCUAUCAAGUCUGAUUUGGUUCCAUUCUUGAUUGACUCACAAAAAGUUUCUUCCGAUAAGUUAGAUCCUGUCCUCUCCACUGUUGUUACGCCAUUCCCAUUAUCAGAAGCUUAUAGAAUGAGUACAUCUGAAUCUGAACUCAGUGAUGUGAUUCGAGUUUUUGCCCAUGUUGUUCCUCCACACGAAGAUAAACCAACUACCACCACCACAGCCGCAAAGACCCCAACAAGACAAGGAGUUUUUUGUAAGAGAUGUAACGAUGUUUCUUCUUAUUUACAUGUCAAUAGAGAGCUUGCAAGAAAGAAUAAUAUUGAUUUUUAUAGUGAAAUGGUUCAAAGUACACAUGUCACACCACCAGCUGAUCUUGUUUUGUUAGGACCUGAUUGUGUUAUUGGAGAAGGAUUAUCUGUCACUAAGAAGGUAUCCAAACCAACCAUCAAGAAGAGUAAUAUUGGAAAGAAUUGUAGUCUUGGAAGUGGAGUUUUAAUUGAUAAUUCAGUCAUUAUGGGUAACGUAAUUAUUGAAGAUAAGGUUCAUUUGAAGGAUUGUGUGAUUAGCUCUGGAUCUGUUAUUGAGGCUGGAACUAAAAUGGAGAGAUGUAGAGUCGCUCCAAACUUUACAGUCAAGAAGGAUGACGAAACCUAUACUGACCAAGAUAUUAUGGCCGAUGAAAUGGAAAUUUAAAAUAAAUUAUUUAGAUAAAUAUAUU